CGUGUCAGAAUUACACGUGUCAAACAAUGAUUGGAAGUUGGAUGCCAGAGUCUUGGAGAGCUCCCCGCCGCUUUCUUGCUCUCAUCGCCUUCAAAACCCUCACUUUCAUCGCUCCCGGAGCUCCAACCUUGGAUCCAAACCUUCAUCGGAGCUCAGUUAUCGUCCCAAUAGAAUCGAUGCCGAUUGUUGAACAAAUUAUGGCUUAUGCUAUGCGUAAGCUGAAAUUUCAUGUGGAUGAGUGUGAUGGUGGGGAAUCCAGCGGUGAAGCUGUUUUAAAUCAAAAGAACGGUGAACUUGCUAAUAGUGAUCAUGAGAUUUUUCAUCUGACUAAGCUCAGGUCAGAGCCCAGUGAAGCACUUCGUAAAUCCACACAUGGUCCACGAAGUGCUCCCGUUUCAACAGUCAAGAUGUUGUUGGGAAGGGAAGUUAAUUAUUCUGGGAGGGGGAAGUUCUCUUCAGCUGAUUGCUCGCAUGUUCUUGGUCGCUAUUUGCCUGUCAAUGGCCCUUGGCAUGUGGACAGAAUGGAUUCAAGAGCAUAUGUUUCUCAAUUUUCAGCAGAUGGUUCACUUUUUGUUGCUGGAUUUCAGGGAAGUCAUAUCAAAAUAUAUGAUGUUGAAAAUGGAUGGAAAGUACGGAAAAAUAUUCUUGCCAAAAGCUUGCGAUGGACAAUCACUGACACAUCUCUUUCUCCUGAUCAACGUUAUCUUGUUUAUUCUAGCAUGUCACCUAUCAUUCACAUUGUCAAUGUUGGAAGUGAAUCAACAGAGUCAUAUGCGAACAUUAAUGAUAUUCAUGACGGAUUGGACAUGUCAUGUCAUGAUGAUGGGGCUUACUCUUUUGGAAUAUUUUCUGUGAAGUUUUCAACUGAUGGUCGUGAGCUUGUUGCUGGAAGCAGUGAUGACUCAAUAUAUGUUUAUGACCUUGAAGAAAAUAAGUUGACUUUACGUAUUCCAGCUCAUUCGUCUGAUGUGAACACGGUGACCUUUGCUGAUGAAAGUGGCCAUAUCAUAUAUUCUGGAAGUGAUGAUCAUUUAUGCAAGGUAUGGGACAGACGGUGUUUCAAUACUAGAGAGCAGGCAGCAGGAGUUUUGACAGGUCAUUUACAAGGUAUUACUUUUAUUGAUAGCCGUGGUGAUGGUCGUUAUUUCAUUUCGAAUGGUAAAGAUCAAGGCAUCAAACUUUGGGACAUUAGAAGAAUGUCCUCCAAGGCAGAUUGUUCUGGACCUAGGCUUUCUAGUUGGGAUUAUCGAUGGAUGGAAUACCCAGCUCAUGCAAAACAUUUGAGGCAUCCAUCUGACCAAUCAUUGGCUACGUACCAAGGCCAUUCAGUCUUGCGCACUCUCAUUCGGUGCUACUUCUCACCUGCUUAUAGUACUGGUCAGAGGUACAUCUACACAGGAUCUAGCGACAACUGUGUUUACAUAUAUGACGUGGUAACCGGUGAACUGGUGUCGAAAUUGGAUAACCAUUAUCUUACUGUAAGAGACUGCAGUUGGCAUCCGUACUACCCGACUCUCGGCAGUUCUUCAUGGGAUGGACUGGUUGCUAGAUGGGAAUUUUCAAGUAGUGUUGCUGAUCCUUCUUUAGUGAAGAAAAACAGUAGGAUAGUUUCUGAAGACAGUAUGUUCAACCAUAUAUUUCUGUAAAAUUGUUUAACCUGUAUUUAUGAUUGUGUGAGUGACUUCUAAAUACCGAACUUUCGAUGAACAUUAGGCUUUUGUUGUGCUUUGAGAUGUAGGAAAUAAAUGGUUAAAGUGCAACUCAAGUUUGUAAAUAGUUCAUGUGAUUUGUGUAAUAUAGAAGGGAAGAUGUGGGAGAGGUACAGACUUUAUAUGUUUAUAUAAAUAAUUAAUUAUUAAAAAAAAAUGUUGUGGGCUGUUAAA